AUGCCUGGCUUGUGGACUCGGCCGCCGCUUGAUUCUCGGCGGAUACUCAUCUUUGCCAGGUUGAGUAAGCCUCCUCAUUCCCGUCCCAUGUCCCGCAAGCGACCUUCUACCGACAUGUCGAGAAACUCCACUCCAGACGUUCCGUUCCCCUCUUCCCCAGCACUCAACAAGCGCACGCGGGCAGGGGACUACGGAGUACGCCGUGAAGCCACCAUGCCGAGUAUCGUCCCAAUGUGUGUGCCCUGUCCCGGAAAACGUGGGUGGGAUUUCUUCUGUCCUCAUGACCGCCGGCCGGCGUGUGCGGGCUGGGUUGGGCUUGCCAGGGCUCCAGCACUUCCAGGCCUCCUUCAAGGGGGCAGAGUGCUGCGAGUGGGGAGGACGGGCGAGGCUACGGGCAAAACUAGACCAAACGGCCCCAUCGCUGUCCGCCCAGCCUCUCCGCCUCUCCGCCUCUCAACCUCACCACCACCACCAUCACCGCCAACCACCCCCAACACCCAGAAACACCCGCUACCCCAUCCAAUACUAGGCCCCGAGUGCCUCUCGAGACCCCAAAAGAUGGUGUUGACCACUGAAACCGGGCCGCUUGGCACAGGCACAUCUCAGCUGGGAAUGGCCCAUCGCCCUCUUCCCAUGACCUAUCACGCCCCCCCCCCCUCCCCAUCCGUCCUGAUGCACUGA